AUGGAUGUGAAAAAUUUUAUUGAUUCAGCGCUUCAUAGACUACCACAACCAGAAUCUCAUGAAAAAAAAAAAUAUUAUAAAAUUGGAAAAACAUUAGGUUCAGGAGCUUAUGCGUCAGUAAAAGAAGCAGUAAAAACAACUACAGGCCAUAGAGUUGCGAUAAAAGUUAUUCAAAAACGUAAAGUAAGGAAUCAAGAAGCCAUGGUUUACAAAGAAAUGGAAAUAUUAUCCAAACUAGACCAUCCUAAUAUUGUGAAAUUUUAUGAUUGGUUCGAAUCAAGAGAUAAAUACUAUCUGGUAUUUGAACUUGCGACAGGUGGAGAAUUAUUUGAAAGAUUGAUUGAUGUUGGCAAAUUUACAGAAUCUGAUGCUAUAGAAAUUCUCAAGACUAUACUUGGAGCUGUCAAAUAUCUUCAUGAACAUAAUAUUGUACAUCGAGAUUUAAAGCCUGAAAACUUAUUAUAUAAAAAUAAAUCAAAAGAUUCACCACUUGUUCUUGCUGAUUUUGGAUUAUGUGGUUAUCCACCAUUUCGUUCAGAGGAUCAUGCAACACUUUUUCAAGAAGUGACAACAGCACGCAUAAAAUUUGAACCACGUCAUUGGAAACAUGUUUCAGAGGAUGCCCAAGAUUUCAUUCUUGAUUUGUUAAGAUUGAAUCCAAACAAACGACCUACAGCAGAAGAAGCAUUGCAUCAUAAAUGGUUGACGGGUAAAAGUACAUCAGAUAUAGAUUUGUUUGGAGAUAUUAUGGAGAAUUUCAAUGCUCGUAAAACAUUUCGUAAAGCAGUCGGGGCAGUACAAGCAGUCAAUAGACUUGAGAAGAAUAAGAAGAACAAUUCAGCUGACAACGAUACAAAAAGAUUUAGUAGUGAUUUUGAGAAAGAUGACGGAUAUUACGAUGAUAGUGAUGCUAAUGUUGAUGAUGUUGAUAAUUUAAUAAUAGAAGAAACAUAUGAAGACAAUCAAAAAAUUGCAAUUGUAUAA